CGCGGUUGUGCCUCCGCCAACUCCGGGCGCUCGCUCUUCCCGCCUCUGGUUCCUCUCCCGCUGCCGCCGCUGCUGCUGCCGCGAGCAUGGACCACGAAUCCGCCAACGGGACGGUUGCCGGCAACGGCACUUUGGGGCCGGCGUCGCCGCUCAAUGCCACGUCCGACGACGAUGAGCUGUACCAGGUGCCUGUCGAGAUCAUCGUGCUCCUAUCCUUCUGCUAUGGACUCAUCUCGCUGGUGGCCGUCGCCGGGAACUCUAUGGUGCUCUGGAUCGUGGCCUCGUCACGGCGCAUGCAGACCGUCACCAACUUCUUCAUCGCCAAUCUGGCCGUGGCCGACAUCAUCAUCGGACUGUUCUCCAUCCCGUUCCAGUUCCAGGCGGCCCUGCUGCAGCGCUGGGUGCUGCCCGAGUUCAUGUGCGCCUUCUGCCCCUUCGUACAGGUUCUCUCGGUCAACGUGUCCAUAUUCACGCUGACUGCCAUAGCGCUGGACCGCUACCGCGCCGUGACAGCACCGCUACGCGCCCGCUGCUGCUCAAAAUUCAACGCUAAAGUGCUCAUCGGCGUCGUGUGGGCCGUGUCGACGGCGGCUGCCCUGCCGUACGCCCUCGCACUGCGCGUCAUCCUCGUCUACGACUCGGUGUCCGGCGAAAUAUCGCGGCCCUUCUGCAUCAACGUGGUACUGCCGCCGUUCGCCUGGAAAGUGUACAACCACGUGCUCGUCGGCUUGCAGUACCUUCUGCCACUUUGCGUCAUCUGCUACACGUACGGACGCAUCGGUGGCGCUGUGCGUAACUCGCGUACGCCGGGCAACGCAGAGACCGUGCGUGACACCAACAUCAUCCGCAACAAGCGAAAGGUGACCAAGAUGAUACUGGUGGUCGUGGCCAUUUUCGCCAUCUGCUGGCUGCCUUACCAGACGUACAACAUUCUCCAAGAGCUCUAUCCCAUCAUCAACCAAUACCGCUACAUCAACGUCAUCUGGUUCUGCUCCCACUGGCUCGCCAUGAGCAAUUCCUGCUACAACCCUUUCAUUUACGCCAUUUAUAGCGAGAAGUUCAGCGCCGAGUUCCGGGCUCGGAUGCGCUGCUGUUCGUCGAAGAGCAAACAAGAGGAGGCACGCUGCUACCGGCAGACACCCACAUCGGUGUCCACGCGCUACUCCAUGCGCUCGUACUCCUGAGCGGAGGCCCCGCACCGCGAAAACACGCUGCGCCCGGAGCAGGCAGCAACCGACAACGUGUAGAGUCGCUAAAUGUGACUCGUUGGCCGCGGCUGACUUCGGCCAGGCUACGUCCGCGACCUCACAAGACCAACCUUUCGAUGUUCCAGGACGGUGCAUCGCUGCGGGGGCGGCGCACAAGACGUCAUCGAAGCACGGACAUCAGUGUUGUUCCGUCGAUGGGCGUCGAUGCGAUGCUAGAUCGAAUGUGGUCGGGCGAAACCGACCACACUUUCGAAGCACAGUGAACUUUUCAGCAACAGUUGUGGAAGAGGGACAUGUGGCGCCACCACUGGCCUCGGGGUUAGCCAGAACUAGUUUUGACGUGUACGCUGUGGGCGAGAGUGGGUGUGUCGGGCAAUUCGUUCCACGCACUACCGGGAAUAUGACCGAGAAUG